AUGAUGGUCCGCGUUGCCCUCCCCGGGCGGGCUGGCGUUUGCCGCCAGCCCGCCCGGGGGAGUGUCCUGUGUAUUGUCCGAUCCUGCUUCGACUGCCAGUCCGGCCGGCCGGUGGCCGGCUCGAUCACCUACGGCGUCGGUCUGUGUGCCGCGUGCGCCGGGACCCACGACACCGGGAGCAUGCCCAUUUCCGAGGUCAAGCGCUUUUCGGCUGGCGACUGGACCGAAGAGCAGCUGCGUGCUUUCCGCGUUGGCGGUGCCAACAACGCCCGUGAGUUCAUCUCCAAGAAUGGCAUCCCCUCUGGCUCCCUCGGCCCGAGCCCCACCAUUGUGGACGUUCUCUCCUUCUAUACGAGCCCCACUCUCGAGGCGUACAAGGGGCAUCUCGCCGGGGCUGUGGCCGCCGAGAGCACGGUGCGCCCGGGUGCCCUGGUGCUCGACCUCUCGGACCUCUCGGGCCUCGGUCAGAAGUCCUCCAAGCUCCAGGCCACCAUGCCGGAGGAUGAUGACUUCGAUUUUGACGGCAACUUCGAUGUUGCCUCGGUGAUGGCCGGCAGUCGUGCCGGCGCCACCACCCCGGCCGCCGCUUCCCAGGCCCCUGCGAAGCCGGCUACUUCAUCCUUUGCCCCCCGUCGGCCGGGGGGUGGUCUGGGUGCCGCGCGUGUGGGCACCGGCCUCGGGGCCACCCGCCUUGGGGCCACCCCCAUGCCGGCGGCUUCCGCCUCAGCCAGCGCAGUGUCGCCCAGUGCUUCGGGGAUUUCCUUCGAUGAGCUUGAGCGCCAGGCCCGUCUGGAGGAGGCCCGCGCCAAGGAGCAGGCUGCCCAGCGCUUGGCCGAGUCGUCGGCCCUCCGGAGCGACUUCAUGAGCGGCUCUUCGGCCACCACGGCUGCCCCGGUCGCUGCUGCGCCCACUUCCUUUAACAACCCCCCUCCCCGCCAUACGGACCUCAACGCCGAGAGCGAGAACCUGGCCAAGGCCAGCGCCAUGGACCGUCUUGGUAUGGGUGCUGGCCGCCUUGGGUUUGGCGCCCACGCUGCCGCUGCCCCGAAGAAGCCGGCCACCACAUUCGAGCCGAUGUCCGAUAAUGAUCGGCAGAAGUACAGCUCAGCCAAGAGCAUUUCCUCGGAUACCUUCUUCGGCCGCGACAACUACGGCGGCAACCAGUACCAUGGCGGGGACUCCGGAAGCGCCGGGGGCGGCUACUACCCCUCGGACCCGACCGACCCGAGCCUCUACAGCCAUGGCGGCUACAGUGGCAACCAGCAUCACCCCAUGUUCAUGGACUCCGGCCGUGGCAGUGGCGCCGGCGGUGGCGGCGGGGGUGUGGGCUACAGCAGCAGCAGCAGCAGCGGCGGCGGCGCCGGCGCCGGCGCCGGCCCCGGCGGCCGCACUUCCUAUGGGCUGUAUGACAGCGGCACGGACAACUACUCCGGCGUCCGGUCGGAUCCCUUCGGCUCGCACCAGCAACACCAGCAGCAGCAGCACAAUCAUCAUCACGGUGGCCAGGGCAUGGGUGGCGGCCCCAAUCAUCCAGGCGCCGGGGAGCUGUAUGUGUCGCCUUCCGGCAAUGCCAUGGGCUAUCGCAUGGGGGGCAGUGCGCAGCAGAACGACAGUUUGUACGCGAACUUCGUGGCGUCCCCGGGUGCCACGGCCACCAUGGCAUUUGAGACCGGCAUGAACACGGUUAAGGAGUCCAGCAAGAAGGUCUGGGAUCUGGCCACGGACCUUCUGGGCGACCUGCAGACCCGCUACGGGUAAAUCGAGACACAGGAGGGGGAGGUCCGAGGAGUGCUGCUUGACCAACGUGCCGCAACGCCCUGCUCAGGGAAGAUGUCCUUUCGCAUCGGCCCUCCCAUCCUCAUUUCCCCUGGCCGCCCUUUGAGUCGCUCGCUCGGCCAGCAUCCCACUGGGGCUGCACGCCUGGAACAGGAGGACAAGGCAUCCGCACUCAUGCGCCCCC